AUGGCAACCUUUGAUUCUUGGAACGAGUUGAUCCAAGAUCUCGAAGAUGUUCAGCCAAUUUCUCCGGCCAAGGAACUCUCGUUCUUGAGGUCGAUCUUAAAAUUGAUGAGACGAAAUCGAGAACGGCCGCCGAUUGAUAACUCCUUUGCGAAGGAGAUGAAACGAAAAUAUUCUGGAUGCAAUCAUGAGCAACUUGUCAACGCUACUGAAAGGAUCAUGGAAGUUCUUGUAAAACAGUAUAAGAAGGUCAGAUUAUGGAGGGAUGAUCGACUUUGCACUUACCACGUGAAAGAACAUUAUUUGAAAAUAAAGAUGUAAGUUUAUUUUUAGACUUGUAUGAACUUGAAGUGACUUUAUUCGCAGUUAAAGUCAUGCUUAAAUCGUUUUAGAAUCCGAUCGCUGAUGAUUAAAAUGUUGAAGAAAUCCGAAUUCGAAAAACAUGACGAAACUUGUGCCAUUUGCUUGGAAGACAAGAGUAAAGAUCCAGUUUAUUGCCUCUUUUGUCAGCGAGCAGUCUCUUGCAAGAGCUGCUUCUCCCAAUAUAAGGACAGUCUAAGAGGUGCACGCUUCCACAAAUGUCUGAAAUGUCAGCGAUUGUCCCCGCGAAACGGUAUUUUUGCUGUAUGUGAAAACAAUUGUAGUCCUGGAAAAUUUCAAUUUUGCUGAAUAAAUAUUAUACAUAUAAUAUUAAAAUGUUUGCUAGAUAUGUUGACAGACAAAAAUUUAAUUUACCUGCAGCUCUCUUUAAUUUUUGCUUUCUGCGGGUAACAUGAGUUACGUAACAGUCGGUGAUUACCUUUUGGCUACAGAAAUAAUUUUGAGAACACAGAGAUUUUCAUGGGAAAAAAUAUUAGAAAGAAAUUCAGUUGGGGUUUAAUGUGACGUCAAGGAACGUUUAAUAUUUUGUUACUCGUGUCAUUGUUUUCAUAAUUCUGAUUUAGAACAUUGCAUUUGGGCGCACCUAAGCCUCAAACCAAGAAUCUGGCCAGACUUUACGAUUUUUAUCACUUUCAGAGUACCAAAAAUGGAACGACCAUUGCCAACCCAUUUCUUUCCACCUAUGAUCAUCCAUGAUGGGUUGGCUCCUUUCUGUCAUGAGAUUCAAUAUUAUGAAAAUGAAGCCGAGACAUCGGAAAACAGACCGCCACCUCCGGAAGAAUUUGAUUGGACCGUUCGUGGAGAAUCUUACAUUGUCCCAGAUACGACUCCAAAAGAAAAAGAGACUGAUCCCAAGCCAAAGAAACAAAGGACCCCUCGGAAAACUCGAGAGAAGCUACUAGAAUUAGUCAAGAUUUGUACUGACCAAAUCGAAAAUUUUGAAUUGGACGCGGAAGAGUUUGGGUUGAAUGAUGAUUACCGUUUUGAGCAAUUUGAAGAGAAUCGAGAUUAUAGUCAAGAUCCAUGUUGGCUCAAGUUACACAAGGAUCUCCGAAGGUAG